UGACGUUAUGUAAGCAAUGCGUGAAUCGUAUGUCAAGUAAUGAAUGAAUACAUUGAGUGACAGUUUGUCGACAAAUAUAAUGAUUUUGUUUACAAUUUGUUAUCAUUUAAUGAUUAUCUGUUUGAAUACAAUUUGAGUCCAUUUUGGUGGACGUCUUAAUGGAUGACUUAACCAUUAAUUGUAACACCAAUUUGGCCACAGAUUACGUGGUCAUCAGUGACACCAACGAUGAACACAAUAAUGACAACAAUGGUGUCAAUAAUGAUCUAAAGGAUAGAAAUGAUUUGUUCAUCAAAUGUCAUCAAAAGAUAUCAAUUGAUAGCACGGAUGAUGUGUCGGACAAGAAGGACAUCGAUCACGAAUGGCAAGAGAUCGGCAACAAGAGUCUGACAAUGAAAGUGAGUCCCAGUGAAGACAUGUCAAACCAGUUCUUCGCUUCGGGUCCUUUCUAUGCCAUUGAUGACCACAACGGCAACAGUAGAAGACAUUUGAUGGACACAAGAGAAAUGUCUGACAACUGUAAUGUUCUCUACGCAGAAAUGCCUCACAAUUGCAAUGAAGACCUGACAGUCAAAAAUUUGGGUCACAAUCACACAUCUGCUGACUUAACGACCUGUUGUACCAAUGGAUCCAUUCGUAGCCAAAGAUCGAGUAAACAUCUUGUGGUUGAUUCUAACUAUCAGUUUGUGUGUCUUAAUUGUUGUUCGCCUAUUAGUAUCAGUGAAGAAGUAUCUCAAUUAAAUGAUGACUUAUAUUAUAUAUCGAGUGAUAACUCGAGACCACAACAUAAUCAUCGAAAUGAAGAUUUAAGUAGUGAAGAGAUUAAUGACAUUUCGUCUCCAAUUAUGUUGAAGUUUUGUAAAGAAAGUAUUGAAUCAAUGAAUAAUAAUAUUAGUGAUGAAUCCAAAUCAAGCAAUUGUAUUGAAAAGCUAUCUAAUUAUACGACAGUUAUUAAGCCGAAAGCGGUUCGGCCACAGUUGACACCGAUUGGUCAGCAAAUCAGUGGUCAUCAUUCAGACAGCAAUAUAAAUGGCUCGCAAUCGGGUCGAUCUCUUCCGACAUUUUCAUUUCAUGGCUCGACAACAGUCUUAUCUGAUAAUAAAGACGAAUCAGCUUUCACUCAAAUACCCCGUAGAAGAUCCAACUCUGAAGCCACCCAUCAUUACCAGUCCAUUAACAAUGAUAUUCCUUCCAGAAAUCGUUACGAUUAUAACCGUCCUCUUAGACACCAAAGAAGUAAAUCAGUUAACAAAUCUUAUAACAGUUCUGAUCAAAGUUUGGCAUUUAGUAAAUGUCAGGCAAUAAGUGAUAAACAUUUAACUCAAAUACAAUCCAAUAAUACAAAUAUGUUUUCUAAGAAUUUUAAUACAUUGGAUGAACAACAGAGAAGUUCAUCACAAAAACACUUAUCUGAAGAGCCCAUUCAUAUGACACUAGAAGAAGUGAGAAAUAUAUUUUUUAAUAGAAAUCAAAGCAAACAGAUUAAGAGUUCGUCUUUUGGGGUAAAAAAUAAAUUAAACAUUAAUAGAGAAGAAGAGAAAAAUAAUUUUAUGAAAUCUAAGUCGAAAUCGAAGAUCAAGUCUGCCAUUGAAAGUCUCUUCAGAGGUAAACGCAAGUCUUCAUUGCAUCUGACUUCGUGUCAACCAAAUGAUUGUCAAUUGAUUGGCAAAAAAUACACCAAAGACUCUGAAGAAUACAUUUCGAAUAACUUAUCAAAAGAUAGUUCCAGUCCUUUCACUCACAGAGCUCUUCCUCCACUUCCUAAUAAUAAUGAGUCGUCGGAAAAAAUAUUGGAAAAUAAAAGCAAAUGUUUUAAUAGAGAGGAUGAAGAGCGACAAAAAUUUCUCGAUUAUGCGGCCAGUAUUGAGCGCGUCAAAGAUUGCGGUUGGUAUUGGGGACCCAUUAGUGGGGAAAUGGCUGAGAAGCUACUAGAAUCAGAACCGUGCGGUUCAUUCAUAGUGAGGGACAGUUCAGAUGAACACUAUAUAUUUAGUUUAACUUUUAAAUUGGAUGGAUUGGUCCGACACGUGCGUAUUGAACAUGACCAAGGCAAUUUCAGUUUCGGUACACUUCAGAAAUUCCGGAGCAAUACUAUCGUAGAUUUUAUUGAGAAUGCAGUCCAACACUCGAGAAGCGGUCGAUUUUUGUUUUUUCUCCACCGACGACCAGUUAUGGGUCCAAUGCGGGUACAGCUAUUACAUCCAGUCUCACGAUUCAAACAAAUACAAUCACUUCAACACAUGUGUCGAUUCAUAAUCUUAAAGCACGUGCGUCGAGAUCUCAUAGAAUGUCUACCAUUACCUAAAAUGCUUAAAACAUACUUAAAUACACCGUAUUAUUAUUCAGAAGAAUUAGCGCUUAUGGAUGAAAACAAUUCAAACGCAAAGUCGGCACUCGAGCCAAGUCUGUCUCCAAAUGCUAGUCAUGAGAACGAGUGA